UUCGGAAGUAAACCGUAUGAGCGCCUGCAGUGUAAUGACACAUGAGUAGAAGUAGUAUGUAUAAAAACUGUUGUUUAUUUCAUUUUAUUUUAUUUGUAAAUUGAACUAGUGAAAAUAUUUAUAUGUAUAGAGGGACAGGAGGAAGUAGAGCGGCAGAUGGACUUCCGGUUUCCGAAGUUUGAUUCGCUGUCAUGCAUGCAGCUCGGCCUGUAGGAAUGUAGACAGCUGUCCUCCACCUCCAGCUUGUCCCCUAUAUGUUCCCUAUCUAUCUAUUUAUCUAUCUAUCUAUCUAUCUAUCUAUCUAUCUAUCUAUCUAUCUAUCUAUCUAUCUAUCUAUCUAUCUAUCUAUCUAUCUAUCUAUCUAUCUAUCUAUCUAUCUAUCUAUCUAUCUAUCAGCUUAGUGCAGCUACUUCUUAUUCAUAGACUGUACAGAUUCCUCUUCUUCGUUCUUCCCUAUGAUCACUGUUCUGGCCGUGACUUCCUUCGUGUCUUUGCACUGGCGUUGGUACAGGAGCAGCUCGCAAAACCAUGGGCGAGGUGCAGCUCUUCCCAUCGCUGCCGAGACAGAGUCCGAGUUGGAUCAGUACGCCAAGGAAGUGCUGGACUUCAGCUCGCAUUAUGGUGGUGAAGGGAGCAUGUCGUACACCAUGUGGAACGCAGCCGGACCACCCAGCGUGUUCCCGAGCUCAGGGGACUUCACGCACACGGCUGUGUUCCGCACGUACGGACGCUGGUGGCAGGACGAGGGCGUAGCGCAGCGUUUCAGUCGCACACCGAGCUCCUUCCACAGCCGAGAUUUCCUCGAGGUGACAUUCGAGGAGCAGAUUUUCCCGACCGCCGUCACCGUCCUGGAGACGUACCACCCCGGGGCCAUCGUCCAAAUACUCGCCUGCUCUCAUAACCCCUAUGCUGAAAGCCACACUACUGAUGUCAGUGUGUGCAGGUGGGAGGUGCUGUGGGCGGGCGAGCCCACCAAAGUCACCAGUCCUCAGGCCCGGCAGUUUUGCCCUCCUAUCCGUCAGAUUAGCUUCGCUACUAAUUUACUGCGUUUGGAAUUCAACAGCUCCUUAUUAGACUAUUACACCGAGUUGGAUGCCAUCGUGCUGCGCGGCGUUCGCAAACGCGCUAGCGGCAUCACGCCCGUCAUCGCCAACACCUGUCCCGCCAUCCUGAACACCACACAAGACAACCUCACCGAGGGCAAUGGAUACUUCGCCAAACUCCCGUACGAGCUGAUCCAAUUGAUUGUGAGCCACUUAGCCGUGCCGGAUCUGUGUCGCCUGGCUCAGAGCUGUAAGCUCUUACAGCGCCACUGCUACGACCCGCUGCAGUAUAUCCAGCUCAGCCUGCAGCCAUAUUGGUCCCGCUUGAACGAUCUGUCUCUGGCACACUUACAAUCCCGCUGCACACUCCUUCAGCGUCUAAACAUGUCCUGGACCGGAAACAGAUCAGCUAUCUCGCCCACUGGAUUCUGUAGUUUUAUCAGGGCGUGCGGCGCGAGCUUGGUGUGCUUGGAGCUCUCGUGUUGUCACUACGUGAACGGAACGUGCCUGGAGGCGAUCGCGCAAACGUGCACGAGCCUCCAGGAGCUCGACCUCGCGUCGUGCGAUCGUCUCGAACCCCAGGCUUUCGUGCAAAUCGCAAAACUCGUUCGUCUGCGCCGACUUGUCCUGUACCGCACCAAGAUCGAGCAAACAGCUAUACUGAGCAUCCUGACGUUCUGUACUGAACUGCGACACCUCAACUUAGGCAGCUGCGUGAUGUUUGUGUCUUUCCAGAUUGAGGACUAUGAUGUGGUGGUGAGUGUGUUAAGCGCCCGCUGUCGUUCCCUCGUGUCUCUGGAUCUGUGGCGCUGCAGGAGUCUGAGCGAGCGCGGCCUCGCCGAGUUAUUGUCCGGCUGUAGCGCUUUAGAGGAACUCGACCUCGGAUGGAGCUCCGCCCUACACAGCGGCUCCGCCCUCCACGGGGCGUCUGCCUCGUUCAGACAUGCAGCGCGCAGACUGAGCCGUCUGCGCAGACUCUACCUCACCGCUAACCGCAAUAUCUGUGACGCAGACCUGGAACACAUCGCAACGCAGUGUCCUGCACUGGAGCACCUCGAUAUACUGGGUACACGGUUAGUGAGCCCGGCUGCUCUACGCAGGCUGCUCCAGUCAUGUCCCCGCCUGCGUCUGCUCGACGUUUCCUUCUGCUCCCAGAUCGACACACGGACAAUACAAGAGCUCAGCGCGCUUUUCCCAAACGUCUCCAUCAAAAAUAGCUUCACCCAGUGACCCCUGAUCUUUAACUCUACUCACUUUGAUAACAUCCUGAUCAGUGGGCACUAGGACCCUGUGGUCUGGCGUUAACAAAACGGACACCCAACUGAACACGAACAUAAAACUGGAAGGACUCAAUGAUGCACUGGGUCAUAUGAGACAGUGAAACACAGACUGGUUGAGAAGUUACUCAGCACUCAGGAUCUCAGCAUCCUCUUGCUGUGUGUUUUUUAGAGAUCAGUCAUGACCUUUGAUCUCAUCAAUAAACACUGUCUUAACACUA